UGCGCGUCCGUUGCCCCGGCAACCGUUUUGCAAACGCCGCGAGGGGCCGAGGGAGCGUCCGCAUGGCCCGGCGCCGCCUGGAGGAGGCGCUGCAGGCCUCCCGCUUGGAGGAGGAGGCGGCGGAGGCAGGCAGGGAUGUGGCCCCGCGGAGGGUCCCGCUCGCCCACGACCCCCACGGCAUCUUCAGCCUCGGCUUCGGCCCCGCGGGGAGGCAGCUGGCCGUCGGCUUCGGCGAUGGCGCCCUCCAGCUGGUGGACACCGAGAUAGGCCUCCCGGAAUCCUCCUCCUCCUUGCAGACCGGGCCUCUCGCGGGUCCCGUGACUGCCGUCUGCUUCCUGAAGGCUCAGCCGGGACUGCUGCUGGCCGCGGGGGCCGAGGGUUCCGUCACUGCUUUCCUCCCACCGGCCCGCUCUCCAGUGGCUUCCCUGGCUGAGGAGGGGAACGAGACCCACGCGCUGGACGUCUGCCGUGAUGGGAGCACCUUUGCCACCGCCGGCAAGGACCGCCACCUCCGCCUCUAUGACACCCGCACCCUCCAACUCUUCCGGAUCAUCAAGGCGCCGGACUUCAUGGCUGGGGAUGAGUUCACCCCGCUGAGUGGCCACUCGCGGAGGGUCUUUGCGCUGCGCUUCCACCCGGAGGAGCUGCACCUCUUCUUGACUGGCGGCUGGGACAACUCGGUCAAGGUGUGGGACAAGCGUGUGGCAAAAGGGGCCCAGAGCGUGAUCAAUGGGCCCCACAUCUGUGGCCCUGGGAUCGACAUCAAGGGAGACCUGGUCCUGACCGCCUCAUGGAUCCCGCACAACGCACUGCAGCUCUGGGACCUGCGCACUGCGUGCCUGUGGCAGGACCUUCCCUUCCCCGGGAGCCCCACGCAAGGGGAGUUUCUUUACGGCGCCCGGUUCUGCGCAAGGGACAUGGUGGUGGCCGGGGGCAGCGGCACCAGCGGGGCCAGCGUCAUCCACACCGGCACGGGGAAGGUGGCUGGGGAGAUCCUUCUUCCCAGUAAGCCGGUCCAUGUGGUGGCAUCGGCUCCUGGAGGGACCACGCUUGCCGUGGCCGGUGCCGGAGGGAACCUCCACCUUGCACAACUCCACUGAGGCCACGCUGCCCUGGAGCAGAAGAGUUGUGGAGGCUGCAAGGAGACAUGAGCAUACAUACAUCUAGGUGAUCCUGUUCCUGUCACCCACUGUUUCCCUCCCCACCAUCACCCCACAACAGCAUUGAAGUGGGGCAAUAAAGUGUCCUGAGCGGA